UCCAACUGAUGCCCAAAUCAUUCCAGUGUUGAGGAGGAAAGACCAAUUUUCGUGGCCAAUAUUUGCAUCUUGCAUAUUCUUAUCGUAAGUGAGCAAGACCUGCCUUUUGUGGAUCUUUUCAGUAUCAGACCAUGAGGCUUCAUCAUUGUCCACGCUGAUCUUCGUUACAAAAUUUACCUGGAUCUCAUGAUUCACAUAUCUCUUUUCAAAGUUUACACACGAACAGGGUGACAGAUCUAAAGUAUGUAAGGCAUGUGAGGGUCUGUUAGCGCAGCGCAAUAUGAUAAGAUAAUGCAUGUGAUUCCUAGCAUCUGUUUUGUAGGCAGGCCUACUUGGCCUGUUGUAUAGUACAUAAGCAGUACUCUUUGUUUUCUUAAUUGGUCAAGUGUAGACAUAAACAAGGGAUUGAUCUCACUGGCGUGUGUGACCUUGGGUGGAGGGCUGGGGCCAAGGGGUUUCUUCAUAAACAAUACCAUGUCCACGUGAUAACCUGUGGACGUUUUCUACUAAUUGGAUCGAGCUACAUGUGCCCCGUGAGACAUGCUGCCGUCAAGAUACGCUCGGAUCAUCACCAACUAGCUGGUUUUGAUUGGCGAUUUGAUAUUCUAUAUUCUUUUCUCAUCGUACUUAAGUGUAAAAUGGUCAUUUGGGGAGUAGCUUACCCUGCAAUUGGUAUUCUAAGCGAGCUGUAUGAUGGUAGUUACGCUCAGCAUAGCUAGGGCUAAUUGACUACAUGGAAUGGUUAAUGUGAUAGUUUUUUAAGAAAGCAGCAGCACCUAACGAUCCAGCAUUAUUGUACUACUGGCAGUGGAUCUUGUGAAUUGAAUAUUCCCGAGACAAAGGGAACUUUUAGUACAUGUAUAUGCUGUGAUUGGCUGGCUAAUCAGAUCGUUAUCAAGCUAAUAUGAUCUUUCUUAACCAGCUCGUGCUUGUCCGAUGUCAUUAGUUCGUCAUUACCUAAUUAUCUUACAAUACAAGAUGUGUCUGUGCCAUUAUCAAGUUUCACACUACUAGUCUAGAUCUCUUGAACUCUUAAAUGGCGUGCAUUAUCAUCACUAGUUUGCAAAUUAUGGCAUACUGCAUUGGAGGGAGUACCUGCUUAUAAUCUAAGGAUUGAAAUGAUCAAUCAGAUUGAACUGCCUGGAAACUUUAUAUGUUGUGGUUAUUGAUGUUUUACUAUGUUGAUAGUUGAACCAGCCACUAGUUUGCGAAAUGUGAGAACUGGGAUUUGCUUUUAUGAGUGUAGAGGUUGGGUCAAAAUGCAAGUACCCACAAGCUUACAUUUCGAGUUUUUGCUGUCAUGUUCACAUCUUAAUACUGUCUCUUAAGCUUCUAAAGGGUACGAAGGGCUAAUAUCUGUCCUACUAGCUCAGGUGUCAGUAUGCCACUGAAGGAAUAAAGCUGGCAGUUGCACUAUAGUUGCUGUACUAGCUGGCUCGUGGCAUUGACUGGUCAAAUUCCCAAUGAUUCUUCUGAGUUGUCCACCAACUAUUUCCUGGAAGGACAGAUUCAUUCUACUAUGAUCUGUAUGUAUAGGGGCGCAUUUUGCAAACAUAUUUGGUGCCAUAUGUAGUCCAAUGCAUCUACUCUUAUUCGUUACAGAGCUAAAUGUUCUUGCUGAUACAUGGGAGUGUUUUUCAUAAUAAUACAGUCAUCAAGUAAAACUUAUUGCAACCUGUGUAAGCCUACAUGUAUUCAUACAUUCCCAGGAGUUUGUUGGGAGCUGAAAGGGCAUACAUGAUUCAGAUAUGCUAAUUGGUCAAGCUUAAUACAUUGGAAAUCCCAAAUUUACAGAAGGCAUUAUUGUUUUGCUUUAAAUCCUCAGCAUUAGUACAUGCAUUGUCUGUUGCAUAUUAUAUCAAAACAUUGGGUUCUUUUUCAGUACUUUCAGUGUUCUAACUAACUUGUCGAUCAUUUUCAUUGUCAUACUUUUAGGAAGCUUGGUUACAUCAUUUUAUAUCAGGUCAACUUGAGCAACAGAACAAGAAUGAGAAUGACUGAAGUAGGAGAACCAAAGUGUUUCAUGCACCGAUCUGAUACAUGAACCCACAGUAUUGGUCUUGAUUCUGCCUGAUAAUGUGUGGGUGUAAUAACACUUGUCAAUGUGCCCCAUACAUGUAUUGAUUAUCAGGCGCCGCAAGACAUGGGCCGUGGGUGCCAAAUGAUCGAAGAGACCAGUCAGCAUCAUGACACUGCUGAAUCUGAUACACUGUGAGUACUGGCCUCCAAGUCGUCUCUCCCACCAGCACUUCAUCUCCUGUUGUUCAAAGCUUCCUCCCACUUGCAGCGGCGAUGCACGAGUAGCAUGAGACUCACACAAGCUCCUCGUUUGGUUUUGUCCCUAUAGGUCAGGGUCUUGGACUGGGCUGAGCACUGUGUAGAUCACAAGAAGCUCACUUCCUCUUGCUUGCCCUUUGGGUUCCUCGGUUUGGAGCUGCUACUAUUUAACACCCCAGUAGCCAUUCAUUUCUUUCUCCCAUGCACAACUUGUCUUCCCUCUCUUCCAACACCACUUCUUCUUAGUUCCUCUCCGCCCCUGUCUGCCGCCAUUUCUGUCUCUCAAACUUGUCUCACUCCAGCGAUAAACCCUCACUGUCUUGGGCUUUCUCUGCCAAGUAUCCAAUUCCUAAGUACAUCCGAUCACCCACAUUUGCCGUGAUGUCGAGCCGUAGGUCACGGUCGAGGCAGUCUGGCUCAUCGAGGAUCACCGACGAGCAAAUCAGCGACCUUGUCUCCAAGUUGCAGGACCUCCUCCCGGAGGCGCGCCUCCGGGGCAAUGAUAGAGUGCCAUCUUCAAGGGUGCUGCAGGAGACGUGCACCUACAUCAGGAGCUUGCACCGGGAGGUGGACGACCUGAGCGAGAGGCUGUCGGAGCUGCUGGCGACCUCGGACAUGAGCAGCGCGCAGGCGGCCAUCAUCCGCAGCUUGCUGAUGUAGAGCCGGCUCCCAUGCAGUGCGCAGGCGCCUCGUCGCUGUCCUGCUGAGCGCACAAGCCUGAAUUUGAGCGUUUGUAGGCCUAGGGAGCGAUCUUUAAUUAGUACCGGAGUUGCAGGUUACCUACUUAAUCCGCGUGUAUGCAUGCUGUCAUCGUGUCAUCGUCGUAAUCAGGCCCAUCUUUUUUGUGUGUGUACUUAAAUCAAAUCGUUACUCAUUUGUGUGUGAUGUGCUGCUUCCAAGUGCACCUCUUUUAGCGCCAACUCGAAGUGUUGCCAUGCUUAAAAAGAAAAGGAAAAAAAAACUCGAAGCGUUGCUUUGCUGCCUCUUUUGGUA